GUCCCAGGGCGCUGGAUGUGCCGGGCUGUGGCCGUCCGGGGGAGCCGUGGCCGUGCCGUGCUGCCAGCGAUGAUUCCCCGCUGACAGGUACAGCCCCGGCCGUCUGCCGCUCUCCGGUCACCACGGAAAUCCCGCCGCUGCCCGUUUGCCCCGAGCUCUGCAGCUGCCCUCUCCCUGGGAAGCGCCGUGUCCCCUGGGGGGAUGUGGAGCCACCCAGGGCCUGGCCCAGCAGCGCAGGCUGAGCGGCGCUGACUGCAGCUGGGGAUGGUUCCGCUGGUGCCUGUGCUGAGGCUCAGGUAGGAGCCGGGCCAUGGGGGCUGCACCAGGACCAGCAUCUCCCUGCUGCCCUCCGUAGCUCAACAGCAGCCCUGGCUACCUUGGCGGGCCACCAUGGACCAGCCCACUCGUGUGCCUGGGCCCCGCCGGCUUCUGGGCUGCUUCAGGCGGAAGCCACAGGCCGUCGGUGGGGAGGCACCACCAGAACCGGAGCCAGAGGCAAAGGAGCCCGAGGAGACACGUGUGGUGCUGCCCCUGGGCGAGGGCCAGGCGCUGGAGGAGUGUCCCUUGUGCCUGCUGCCCCAGCCCCCCGAGGCCUUUCCCAGCCUGGCCUCCUGCUCGCACCGCUCGUGCCGGGCCUGCCUGCAGCAGUACCUGUGCCUGGCCGUCAGCGAGAGCCGCGUGCCCGUGCCCUGCCCGCACUGCCCCGCCGCGCUCCAGCCCUCCGACGUGCACCGGCUCCUCCCCGAGCCCGCCCUCCGCGACAAGUACGAGGAGUUCCUGCUGCGGCGGCUGCUGGCGGCUGAUCCUGGCACCCGCUGGUGCCCUGCACCUGACUGCAGCUACGCUGUCUUUGCCCAUGGCUGUGCCGAAUGUCCUCGCCUCACCUGUGGGCGUGAGGGCUGUGGCACCGAGUUCUGCUACCACUGCCGGCAGCCCUGGCACCCUGACGGCCCCUGUGCUCCGACCCCCAGCCUGGCCACCCCCACAGCACAGCUGGCCCAGCCGGAGGAGUUGGCUCACGCUGAGGCUGAGGACAUCAAGGUCUGUCCUCGCUGCAGCGCCUUCAUCAUGAAGAUCAACGAUGGGAGCUGCAACCGCAUGAACUGCACGGUCUGUGGCUGCCUCUUCUGUUGGCUCUGCCUGCAGGAGAUCUCUGAUGUGCACUUUCUGAGCCCCUCUGGCUGCACCUUCUGGGGGAAGAGGCCGUGGUCACGGACCCGGAGGAUCCUGUGGCAGCUGGGCAUGGUGCUGGGAGCGCCCAUGGUCAUCUCCCUUGCUGCGGGUGUUGCUGUCCCUGUCAUUACCAUUGGGAUCCCCAUCUACAUGGGUAGGAAGGUGCUGGGCCAGAGCCGGCGAAGCAGCCUCUCCGGGUGCCAGCAGUGCCUCUCUGUCACCAGCAGCGUCCUUCUCUCUCUCUUUGUGUCCCCCAUCAUAACAGCUCUCACUGUGGGCGUCGGCGUGCCCCUGGUGCUCACCUACGUGUACGGGACCGUGAUGCUGUCGCUGUGCCGGAGCCGCUGGGGCUGCAGGGGCGGCCGCACGCCCGGGGACCUCGGCGUGGUGGAGCUGGACAACCUGGCCAAGCUGAACGAGCUGUGGUCAGUGCUGCCCAGCCCCAGACCAGGUGAGGAUGGAGCUCCAGACCCUGCUGCCUCCCUCCCCAGCAGCAGCCGCAGUACACGCCCGGGACCAGUGUGGCCAGAACGGGACAACCAGUCAGCCAGCACAGUGGCCCUUGCGGGGAGCAUGCUGAGUGAGGGCCAGGACACCUCUGACAGGGAAGGUGUUACCAUCGAGGUGGAGGUGUCCGUGGAAGCGGUGCCACGUUCUGCCCGGCAGCAGAGCCUCAGCAGUGCCCUGUCUGGGCAGAGCCUCUCUGGGGACUCCCUGGGAGCCACCAGUGACAGGGGCAGCUCCGUGGGCGUCCCUGUGGAGUGAUGGGGGCCUGAGGGGGAGAGUCACGAUUCACACACAGGCCCUAUGCCCUCCCGUGGCAGAGCCAGUCCCCCUCUGCCAGCACACCCAGUCCUAGGAGCUGGGUCCUGGUGGGUGCAACUGCCCCCAGCACUGCUGCACCCUGCACUAGCCCUGUCGGCCCCUUUCCCAGAGGCACCACUAGGAAAUAAAGCUGCUUACCGAGGGUC